AUGGAUCACAUCAAGCAGGCAAUUGAAAGAGACCCUUACGGAGCCAUAUUUGGAAGGAGACUUGAGCCGUUCAAGUCUUUUGAGAAAUUCGACAAAACUUUCACAUCCCUAUGUCGUGCGCUUUUUGGUCUCGGUGACAAGUCUGCGGACACGGGCCAUGCGGAUACGGCUCAUGGGACGCCGCGUACCAUGACGACCACAGCAAAGUCUGAGAAGACCUCGGAUACGAUUAAGAAAGCCCAGUCGACCGAUUCAGGCAAGCUACGAGGCCCAGUUGUGAUUCACAAAAAGAAGAAUGUCACGAGAUACGAGUUCGACCCUAUUAGUGGUCGUAUGAUUCCUAAAGAAGCCAAGAAUCCGGAGGUUGCUGAGAAAGGUGAAGGUGGGAUAAAUCCAGUUCUCUCAGCUGCGGACACUACCUCCGCCUCGGGGGCCACCGGCUAUAUGUCUCCUAUGAAGUGGAAUGCGGUGGAGUCUGGCUCUCAGGACGCUUCCAAUCAGAGAAAACUUAAUGAUGACUUGGCGACAGACGUUGUAUCAACGACGGUCGUGAAAGAUCAAUCGCAGCAGACUCGAUCUUGUGUCGACUCGAAUACUGCCCAGCCUGAUUCUACAAAUGAAAUCAAACCUUUCGAGAAGAGCUCUUCAGCCUCACUAGAAGCGACUGGUAGCUCUACAGAAAGAGCUGCACUAGAGUCAACCCAACACGAGAGCCGGUCCAAAUUCCCAGAAAGCGAUUUGAUUAAGCCAUUCCUAAGACACGAUGAGCACCAAGUAGUCACACAACCACAACCACCUCCAGAAGAUCACAUACGGACCCUCAAUGCGGACGACUUGGUUGCUAAUGACAAGCUUGCCUCUUCGGGCUUUACUUGGCUGGACCAGGUGGUAGAUGACUCGGGAAAAUUACAGGAUGCACGUCGGGAAAAGGAAGAAGAAGAAGAGCUAGAGUAUUUGCGUGCAAGCGAUAUCCGUGCCUCGUACAUGAGGAAGGAGCCAGAUCUCGAUGCUCGCGCAUCACAAGACUCGAACGAGUUGAAUGAAAUGUUGGACGCCUCAAGUAACAUUACUUGCCAAGUUGAUGCAAGCAUUGACCGGCGCAGUGAAUGUUUUCAGGAGACAACCGACCAAGGCCUUUCAUCCACAACAGACGACGUGGUAGUCCCGGACAAGCUUCGAGAUGUGGCCUCAGAUACAGCAAACACCUCGGAUCGACUCGCUUUGAAUGAGGUAAAGGGGGCUACGCCGUCUCCGAAUCCGUCUUCAACUGUUUUGCACAACUUCUCCGGUCAAGUAAAUACCGAGACGUAUCGCGUGCUCGCAUUUGAUCCGAUUGCUCUUUGUGUAACCGAGGCAGAAACAAGCUCAUCUUUGCAUGCGCCAGAUGAGAUCUCUCAACCCGCCGAGAUACUCAAUCGCCUGAAUAACCCGGCAAAGUUCCUACCGUACUUUGAAAAGCUGAAUAACAAUGGGUACGAGAUUGUCUCUGGCGGCGGGGAUGUUCUCGUCUUCAGAAAGACACGAGGUUCGCUUGGGCAUAGCGAAGGAACCAAUGCCGGCUCUAAGAAGGGCACUGGACUGUCUUCAUCAUCACUUGACGACCAGCAGCAGCGCGCACUGGACCCUGACAUGGUACUUCAAGGAUCACAAAGUACCCCAGCUGAGACUGGAGAAAAGGCCUCGCAAGGAAGUAAAUCCGCAAAAAUCCUCCGCAGAAUGCUUCUUGGUGGCGUGGCUACUGCCGGUACUUGCUAUGCACUAUGCGUUGUGACCGAGUAUUUCCGCACUGGUGGAGAGGAUGGGCGCGGAAUUGAUGCCUUUACAGCAUUCGAGUCCGAACGCCGCCAUCGGGAAUGA